AUGUGUACUCCACCGCUCACGGACAUCGUCGUCGACACCGAGAUAGAGACCACCGUCACAAUUGAUCCUCAUCCCUCUGCUCCCGAAGAAGAAGCGGUGCGCCACCCGUCCGAAUGCGUUCAGGUCGCAGGAGCAGACGAGAUGGACAUCGACGACGAACACCAUAGCUCUACCACUCUCGAUUCCACCGAAAUCUCAGACGAAGUGCCCACCGAUCGAGCAGACACCGGGAUCGAGUCCUCCACAGAAGCUCCUCCCGCAGACGCCCCCCCGGACUCCGCGUCCAGCAAAGACGAUGACAUACGCCACCCGCCAGAAUACGUCCAAGUCUCUGCUGCGUACGUGAUGGAUCUCGAAGACGACAGCCGUAGCUCGACCUGCGAUGGCUCGGGCGACGUCGACGGGGACUCCACUGAUUGUACGUCUCCUACCACUACUGCUGUCGGCGAAGACGAUUCCUCCGUGGAAGGCGACAAGGUGGGCCACGCGGCCAAAUCUGUCCGGUUCUCCGACGAGGACUACGUUAGGGAGUUUGAGAAGGAUAAGGGGUGUACUUUGAUCUUGAUUGUUUCGAAUGAUGGGCAUGCGGGUGGCGAAGGCUCGGAUGAGGAGGAAGGUAGCGCGGAAGAAGAAUCGGAGGAGGAGGAAGCAUCGGAGGAGGAGGAAGCAUCCGAACAGGAUGACUUGGAGUCACGGCUAGCAUCCAAGUGGGCGAAAGAGUAUCGGACUAGAGAGGAAGAGAAGAAGAAGUUAGCGGAGGAGAAGGAGAAAGAGUUGGAGAAUUUGAUUCGUGAUGAGGUGCAGAGAGAUCCGGACGCCGUAGGAGACGACGAGGGUAAGACAGUGAGCGAGGAGUAUCUGAAGCGAGAGAGGGCGACUUUUAGGGCGGUGUAUCAUGCGCUUGAAGUGGAGAUCGGACGUCUGACAGAGGAAAAUGAGAGCAUGAAGGAGGUCAUAGAGCAACAGGAGAGAGGUGAUCAGGAUUUGAAGAGACAGUAUGAGAGGUUUUGGCGGGGUGUCGUGCGCGAGGUGGAGACGAGGUUGAAAACGAUGAAGGGGGGAAUAGAAGGCUGUCCUUUGGGGCAGAGGGACUCAUCAUGCUCGAAAUGCGAUCAGUCAAUGGAGGAGAAGGAGGCCUGGAAAAAGGAACGGCUCGCUCUGAUGCUGGAGAAGGAGACAUUGAUGAAGGAGUGCGACGAGCUGAGGCACGAGAGAGAGGAGGCUAUCGCGAAAUGUGGCUCCCUAGAACAAAGGUGCUUGGGGUUGAAGAAGGAUCGCGAUAGGGUAAAGGUGCAGAUGAGGGAGAUGAUUGCGCGGUUGGAACAUAGCGAGCAGGACGCUAAGCACCACGAUAACGGUGACCUAAAGCUGCUUGCGAAACGUACUCGGAAAAGAGGAUUGGUGGAGGGAAAUCCAGGAUCGGAGAGGCCCCCAAAAAAGUCCAAGAAACGGGAUGCUCGCGCGGUGCAGGACCUUGUUGAGACGUUGGAUAUGUUGCGCUGUGACGAGUAG